AUACAUACACUUCCAGUACUGACUCAUCUUUCUUUUGCGGGACUCUUUAUAAUGAUCCGCUAACACAUACACACAGCUCCACAUCUUCAGUUGGUUUGAUAAAUAUAUAUGUCCAAAUAAAACGACCAGACAACUUCCUCACAAUUCUACUUCAUCAAGACCGAGAGUGUCAGCACACAGUUGACCUAUCAACACUCGACAGUUAUAAUUCGGCGCACCAUAGCUGACACGAGAGUAUACAGCGUCGCACGGAGCUGUGUCAUUGGAUAACCCCAUCCGGCUUAAGCCAUCUAUUGCGUGUGUGUGCGUUGUCGCUUUUUGUGUGUGUGACUUUUAUAGCGCCCGUACACCGGGACUGCACGCGCACACCACCGCACGGCGGCCACCAUGUCGAUUACGCGCUACGUUAUUCCACCGAAAUUACCGGUCCCCUCGCCCAGCGAAUGCUUCCAGACCUACCUCAAUGAUCUGAGUGCCAUUGUCAGCCCCGAAGAUUGGCAGCGGGCCAAAGCACAGGUGGACAAAUUCCUGGAGAAUGGCGGAUUGGGACAACAACUCCAUCAGAAGCUGGAAGAGUUUGCCGCCAAAUCGGAUAAUUGGGCGCAUGAUUUCUGGCUGGAUGACAUGUACUUCCGGAUGGGACUCGCCCUGCCCGUCAAUUCCAAUCCCGGAAUGGUCCUUCCCAAGGAACAUUUCGACACCGACCAUCAGUGGUUGCGAUACGUAGCGGAAGUGGCACGCGGCAUUAUAGAUUACAAACUGCUGAUCGAUAACGAAGAUAUAACUCAACAGUACACACGCAACAAUGAGCCGCUGUGCAUGCGGCAGUACAAUAAUAUGUUUCUCACUUACCGUCGACCCGGCAUCAUCCAGGAUGAACGCCUGCGUUUCCAGCACUCACAACACUGUAUCGUGGCCGUCAAAGGUCAGUUUUAUCAGAUGGCCGUGUUUGAGCAUGGUGAGCCGCGCUCGGUGGAGUGUAUCAGUAAAGAACUCAAUUGGAUACUGGAGAAUAGCGACAACAGUCCGCAGCUUCCGGUUGGCCUGCUGACGACAUUGGAUCGAAGACGCUGGGGCAAAACGCAUAAGCUCUUAACAAAAGAUCCAACGAAUGAAAAAUCCUUGGGCAGCAUCGAGAGCAGCCUGUUUAUAAUAUGCCUGGAUGAAGAAUGUCAGAUGAUGAGCGAUAUUGAUGUUAACGAGCAGACCACUACGCUGCACGAGAUGAUUCACGGAGGAGGAUCAACUGCCCAUUCCAGAAAUCGAUGGUUCGAGAAGCCCUUGCAGCUGAUCAUAAAUCGCAAUGGCUAUUGUGGCUUAAAUUACGAGCACUCCACCGCUGAGGGCAUUCCGGUUGUGGCCUGCAUUGAAUAUGCCAUCGAUAAAGCACGAUCAUGGCGAGAACGACUGGCUAUUUUGCCGUCGAACGGUCACCGGGAGAACGGAGUAGCAAACGGGAUAAACGGCGGCGGCUGCGACACCGUCGACGGCAUUCUACCUCCCGAUACUCCUUAUCCACCGAAACAUCUCAAAUGGUGUUUAUCUUCCGAACUUCUUGACAUACUAGACACAACCUGUCUGGAAAUUGAUCAGUUGGCUGGCGAUCUGGAAUUGCGUGUUUACCGCUUUGAGCCGUUCGGCAAGAACAUCCCCAAACAAUAUAAAAUGAGUCCUGAUUGCUUCGUGCAACUGGCAUUGCAACUGGCUUAUUAUAAGUCACACGGACAUUUGGUGGCCACGUACGAAUCGGCAUCGAUCCGGCGUUUCAACUAUGGGCGAGUUGACGUGAUUAGAGCGGCCACAAAAGAAGCGCUGGCAUGGGUGAAGGCGAUGGUUUUAAACGGGCACAGUAAACAAGAGCAAUUAAAGUUGUUUCGGGAAGCCAUGGCCAGACAGACGGACGUUAUGAAUAAGGCCAUUCGUGGACAAGGAGUCGAUAAUUACUUCAUUGCUCUCAGAGAAAUCGGUGUGCAAACGACCGGAUACGUGCCGGAAGUUUUCGACGACGAAAACUUUAAAUACUUCAACUGCUUCCUGCUGUCCACUAGUCAGGUGCCGACUACGGACGAAAGAACUUUUAUGGGUUAUGGGCCGGUCGUCAAGGGUGGUUACGGUUGCUCUUAUAAUCUGCACGAGCGGCAAAUUCUCUUCUGCAUCUCCAGCUGGCGAAGCUGUAAAAAGACCAGUACCAAAAUGUUUGCACGGAAUCUGGAUGAAGGCUUGAUGGAAAUGUGCAGCCUUCUGGAACAGGAAUUCCACAAUUAAAUGAGGGAGGCCGGCUAUUCCUGCAGGCUGACCGCAUGUACACUUGGACUCGAGAGAAAGAUGUAUUUGCUAUACUUCUAUAUGGGCAUAUAUGCUAACAUCAAACGCUGUGCAUAUUAUAGUCUUACACAAUCCCAGAUUAUAAAAGCGAUCUAAAAAGUUCUCGAUUAUUAGAGUUGAUCCUGUUUAAAAAGGUGAAAUAAUAUUCUGCAUUCAGCACUAUUUUUAUAUAAUUAUGUACUCUAACCGACUUAUAUAAAAGUGUGUUUGCUGCUGUGAUGUUUUAGUGAAGAAGGUUUCAAUGCAAUUAUAUCUCGAGAUGAUGUUAUUUAUUUGCAAAAUUUACAAACUGAGCGAAUUCUAAAUGUGAUUACUUUAAACGGUUUAAGCAGAGUUUUAAUAAACGUUCUUGUUGCAAGCUCUGUA